CUUUCCAGCAAGCAACACAGGCGACACUGUGUCGCUACAGUGUCGAUACAAGUGCUUUCCAACUACGACACAAGUCGACACAAUCGUACACAGCAAAAAUGCUGUGUUCGCCUGUGUCGUCGUUUUGUAGCACCCCAGUGAGUGCCAACAUAACAUUUCAUAUUUGGUAUCAUUAAUUUUUUUAAGAAUGGUAUUGCGUGAUAGAAGAUAACCAAACUUUUAUAUUCGCUAAAAAGACGACUUAAAGACAUCUAGACGUCUUUAAGACGACAUAAUGUUGUGUGGGAACGUUCUGAAAAUUUAGACCUAGUGACAACUAUUAAAAGUGACUGCCCUGCACUCUAGUGGCAAAAUAAGAAAGCUAAAAAGCGUUCCAGCUACAAGUCGACACUGUGUAACACUGUGUCACACAGUGUAUCACUGUGUUACCAUAGCUGGAAAGCACCCAUUAUGUUUUACAGACUCUAUCGCCAGAACACAAGCGAACAGAUGGCUAUGGUUCUGGUGUGAGAUUCUGAUGGAAUCUGCUGACAUUUUGCUUACUGAGUUUAUUCCUGCAAAGUGGGCGAUUGGCCUCAUGGACUGCAUAUACCUAAAGAAUCCACGUUUACUAAAGUUCCCAGCUUAGAGAAAAAAUAUAUCCUGGACAUCGCAUGCGGACAUUGUCAUUGUCUCGCUCUAACUAGUGAUGGAAAGGUGUAUACUUGGGGAGAAAAUUAUUGUGGGCAGAUUGAGGACGGAAACAUAGAUACUUUUGAUAGCGUGCCAAGGCAGGUGCAUCAUGAAUUGGAAAAGAAGAAUGUUGUCCAUAUCGCGUGUGGUUCAAAAUUCAACGUGGUUAUAACUGACGAAAACAAAAUAUAUGGUUGGGGCAAGAAUGAUAAGGGCCAGAUUUCAAUCGUACAGUCUGAAAAAUAUUACGCUUACCCGCAAGAAAUUAUCACAAUAUCAGAUAAAAUAGUUAAGGUGACCUGCGGAUAUGAUCAUACGUUAGCGCUGACAAAUAAAGGAGAGAUCUAUGCCUGGGGCGAUAACAUUUACGGACAAAUCGGCGUUAAUAAAAAAUUGAAACGUUCUGGUCCGAUUAUGGUGAACGUGCCCGAGAUGGGAAAGGUUUUGGAUAUCGCUGCUUUUGGUGAUUUGAGCGUUGCCGUUGGCUAUGAUAGGAUUAUUUAUAUAUGGGGUAACUUUUACUUCGAGCGUGUUUUCAAUCAAAUUAAUAUCCCGUUUCCUACGAAGUUUUCGACAAUUCACGACGUGUUUGCGUACAGUGACUUGAAAAUCAUGCACAAGCCAUUGAUUGUGUUUACGAAUAUUGAAGAAGUAUUGAAUAUAUUGGAGUCUGUAGGAAUAGCAUUUAAUGAUCCGUUAACGAGCGAUUUUAUCAUACAAGUUAAAGGACAAUCUAUUUAUGUUCACAAGUUUAUACUUAGGAUUCGUUGCAAAUAUUUCAAAAAGAUGUUUCAUGAUUGGUCUGAAAAUAUUCAAAGUAAAUCUGCUUCAUCAAUGUUCACUGUACCGGAUAAAUUUUCUUACAUCGUUUAUAAAGCCUUCUUACAAUAUUUAUAUACCGGCACAAUCGAUUUACCUUCGGAAAUCGUAUUAGAACUUCUGGAAUUAGCCAACAUGUAUUGUGAAACAAAUCUUAUAAAAGAUUGCAGUCAAAUAAUAAAAAAAGCUAUCACUGUGUCAAAUGUAACUUUCUUCUACAAUAAAGCGAUCGAAUGCAAUGCUAAGGAACUUGAGGAAUUUUGUUUCCAAUUCGCUUUGCGUCACAGAGUAGUACCAGAAGGUUAUAUUAAUAUUAUAUUCAGAAGAUCAUAUUAAGUUAGAUAUAAAUACGAAGGAUAAUUUUAUGCGCACAGCAGAAAAUGCUUUCAAAGCUUAAACUUUAAAAGGCGUAAUUCUUUUGAUAUAAAUUUUGAAUUAAAUCACCGAUUGCAUCCAAUAAUAAAGUAAACCUUGUUCCAGUUAUCA